AUGUCGAUUACGUUUAAGAAGAAAGUUUCUUCAACAGCAACUACUCGUCUACCGUCUGGUACGCGAUUAAAUUCAAAUGGUACAUUGUUACUAACAUCAACCGGCAUAUCAUCCCUGGAUACAUUUAUUGGUGAAGGUUUACCGAUUGGUUCACUUACAGUUAUAUAUGAAGAUAAAUAUUCGAAUAUAUCAGAUUCAAUUUUACGUUGUUAUCUGUCGGAAGGUAUCUACAAUAAACACGAUUUAUGCGUAGCCGCAUUACGAACGGAUCCAACAGAAAAUUUACCAACGAAAGAAGAAUAUACGCCAACCGAUGAUUCUCCCAGUGAUAAAAUGAAAAUUGCCUGGCGCUAUGAAAAUCUUUCGACAAUCAAUUCAUCGACGACAACAAAUAUUCAUUAUGAUUUACAAACUACAAAAUCCAUACCGAACGAGCUCGUCGAACAAAUAAAAAUACAUAAAUUAACAUUGAAUGAAUAUAAACAAUCUCAACCAGCAAUAUCCUAUAGAAAUUAUUUACUCAAAUCUCUUCAACAACUUCUAACAACAAAUUAUUCAUCUCAACAUGCUGAUAAACGUAUUCUUCGUAUUGCUAUUCAAUCAUUAUCAUUAUCGUUAUUCGAUGAUGAUGAUUUACACCAUGCGGACGAAUUAUUUUCAUUUUUAUAUCAUCUUCGAAUAUUACUACGAACAUCAUUAGCAACAUGUGUGAUAACAUUGAAUGAAAAAUCGAAAUUAUUUGAAACCGUCGCUGAUAUCGUAUUUGAAUGUAAAUUAUCGAAUACAAUUCAUAGUGAUUAUGUCGGUUUUUGUCAAUUAAUUAAAUUACCAAAAUUAAAUACGGUUCAACCGUUUAUUCCUGACACGUGGGACAUAGGAAUAAAAUUAAUAAAACAUCGCAAGAAUAUUAUUUUCGAAAAAUAUUCUAUACCACCGGAUCUCAGUGAAGAUGCAAGUCGAGAUGAGAAAAAUAAAAAUUUUUCAUGUUCAUCAUCAUCGAAAUUGGAUUUUUAA